AUGUGACGCGCCUCCACACGCGCUUUCUCGCGUAUCAAUUUAGAUGCGAGGCAACCUUGAGCCCUCCUGGCUGCCAAACCACGCCAACAACGAGGGGCAGCAACCACGCUGUGAGAACUAAAUCGAGAACGAGAACGAGAACGAGAACGAAACAGCACGCGACCCCUACCUAGACAGUCGAUCUCACGAGCAACCCAGCGCCCUCACCCAACCGCCCCGAACCCACCAUGCUAGCAUCAUCUCCUAUAUCCUACCCGCAAACAUCGUCCCCGCCCCGGAAGCGUCCGUUGGCCUCUCCGACACGCGGCAAUGGCCCCCCGCAAAAGCCAAAGGCCCGGACACGGGCUGGCUUCAUGUUGGACGACGACUCGGACGACGAUGAGAGCGAAUUGCAGGAGCUAGCCUCGGAGCCCGCCCCGAAGCGAAUCCUCGUUGAUCACACCAUCAACACAAAACGAAGUCUGCAUGGGGCGCUUGACAUACUAGCGGAGGAGGAACCUGAGGCCGCGGCCACAAACCCUGGCACGCGGAGAAGCGAGCCGGCAGAAGAGGCCGAUGAGGAGGAACGCUAUCGAGCGUUGUUCGACCGCCCUGCCCCGACGCAAGAGGCCAACUACACGAUCCCAGACGAUAGCACCACACGGCCCCUCACGCUACAAACAUGUUCCGGCAAGUCUCUCUCGAUUAGAGAGAGAAAACCAACCCAGCUCACAUCUUAUGAGAAUAUUGUGGCGGCAAGAUCAAGACACAAGGAAGGGCGCGCAAAACGAAGUUAUUAUGGCAUAGAAAUACAUGCGCUCAUGGACGCCGCCGAGCAGGAGGAGAAGGAAAAGAUCCUGGCAGAGGCUGCUAUUGCUGAAGCCGCGGCUCAGCGCCGCUCUGUCCCGGCUGUUGAACGCCCCGUUCAAUCUGUCGAGACUGUGCCCGCCGAGAUAGGAAAGCGCCCGAAGAAGACGCUGUUGUGGACAGAAAAGUACCGCGCCCGCAAGUUCAUGGAUCUCGUUGGUGACGAUCUUACGAACCGCCAGGUCCUCCGUUGGCUCAAGCGCUGGGAUCCCGUGGUGUUUCCCCAGGCCGCCAAGUCCAAGGCAGCCUCUCGCCGCAUCGGGGCAAAAGCUCCUCAGCAGCAGCAGGGCCAAGAAGACGAGAAGCCGCACCGCAAAAUCCUGAUGCUCACGGGGCCGCCGGGUCUGGGGAAGACGACCCUGGCACAUGUUUGCGCGAAGCAGGCAGGAUACGAGGUUUUGGAGAUCAACGCUAGUGACGACCGAAGUCGGGAUGUGGUCAAGGGUCGCAUCCGGACCAGUCUCGGAACGGAGAACGUCAAGACGGUCGAGCAGCACAAGCCAAAAGACGGAAAGCCGGGCCAGCCGCCUCCAAAGAUUGCCAGGCCAGUCUGUGUUGUCGUUGAUGAGGUAGAUGGUGUCGUGUCCGGCUCGGGCGGGUCGGGCGAGGGUGGCUUUGUCAAGGCCCUCAUCGACCUCGUCACAACGGAUCAGAAGAACAGUGCAGCAGCUGGAUUGACGUCUGACGGCUCCCGGCGAAAGAAGAAAGGCGACGAUUUCAGGCAGAUGAGACCAUUGAUUCUCAUCUGCAACGAUGUCUACCACGUCUCGUUAAGGCCGCUCCGGCAGUCCGGCCUCGCCGAAAUUAUCCACGUAGGCAAGCCGACCAUAGACUCGGUGGUGACGCGUCUCAAGAACGUCUUCGAGAAAGAGGGCAUCCCUUGCGAGAAGGAUGCGGCGCGCAAGUUGUGUGAAGCCGCCUGGGGCAUGACCAGCGGCAUCAACGCGCGGCGCGGCGCUGAGAGCACGGUAGAGGGUGACCUUCGUGGCGUCAUGGUCGUUGGCGAAUGGGUCGCCGGGCGCCUGAGGGCCACGUCGACCCAUGCUGACGGCUCUGCGCCUCGGCUGACGAGGCAGUGGGUUGACCUCAACGUUGUCGGCGAGCUGGCACACGGCGGCGGCGGCGCCAGGGGCCUGGGCAGGGGCGGGACCAAGGACGUGGUCGCGCGCGUGUUCCAGGAAGGCGCGGGCUUCCCCAAGCAGCAGCAACGGGGCGAUCAGGGGCUUGCGGACAGGACCACGCGCCGCGAGCAGCCGCAGGCGCAGCUCGGGUUCGCCGAGCACGACAAGAAGCACGCCAUGGCGCGGCUCGGGGAGAUGGUGGACGCCAGCGGCGAGGUCGACCGCAUCAUGACGGAGAUCUUUGCCGAGUUCCCGGGGCGCGAAUUCAACGACGACUGCUACCUGAGCAAGCCCAACACGGCGUACGAGUGGAUGAACUUCCACGACAUGUGCUCCACCCGCCUCUUCACGGGCCAGGAGUGGGAGCUGGCCCCGUACCUCUCGCAGCCCGUCCUGGCCUGCCACAGCCUCUUCGCCUCGCCGCGCCGGCACGUGCCCAACGCCGGGUACGACAGGAACUGGGGCGGCGGCGGCGGCAACGACGACGGCGCCGACGGCGGCGCGGCCCCGGUUCCCUUCUCGGGCCCGCGGGCCGACUACGAGGCGCGCGAGGCCGAGAAGCACAACCGCGCGGCGCUGCAGGCCAUCCAGGCGAACCUGUCGCCGGCCCUGGCCCGCUCGUUCCGCAGCCCGGAGCACGUGGCCACCGACCUGCUCCCCUACCUGCUCCGGCUCGUGUCGCCCAACGUGAAGCCCGUCGUGGUCGGGGGCAGCGGGGGCGGUGACAAGGGCGUCAGUUCCAUCGCCAGCGUCCGGCGAGAGUCGGAAAAGACCAUGGUGCGGCGCGCCGCCGAGGUCCUGGCCGAGCUCAACAUUGAUCUGGUCAAGGGCAAGAUUGAGGAGGCGAACCCUUCAGCCUUUGCCCGGCCGCAGUGGGUUUACAGGCUAGAGCCGGACAUCGAUGCUCUUUCGACGUUCGAUACCAUGGGCGCCCACGUCCUUUCCACUCAGGCGCCAACGCGCUACGCGGUCCGACAGGUUCUAGACCAGGAGCUGCACAAGACGCGCGCCGCACGAGACACGGCGGCAAGGCAAGCGAGGUUCAGAGGAGGGGGCGGCGACCACCACCACGAGGGCGCCGAGCCGCUGCCCGUCAACCCGGGCAAGGAGAACCCGGCUGCGACGGCGAAGAGGGGCGUCGACGUCGUUGUCGCCCCCGAAGCCCCUGUGGCCGUCAAGCGCGACUUCUUUGGCAGGAUAAUCGCACAGGCGCCGCGGCCCCUGCAGGACGCCGACGGCAACGCGAAGGGGCGGGGUGGGGCGGCGGCGAAGAAGGACAGCAUGGUCUGGGUCACGUUCAACGAAGGAUUGAACAACGCAGUGCGCAAGCCCAUCACGCUUGAUGAGUUCCUCCGCGGUUUGUAGGACUACCUAUGAUAGCUUAUCUACCUAAUUGAGAAGAAUCCAUGUGGGAUAUCCGCAUUUCUUCCUGCUUCCUG